CCGAGCUCACAUCAUCCCCAAGGGCCCAGGCGGGGGGAGGAGGGGGGUCAAGGGGAGCGGCUGCCGCCCGCACCUGGAUGCUCCCCGCCCCGGCUCCGCGCCCCCUCCCUCCCCUCCCCUCCCGCCCGGCUCCGGGGAUGCGCGGCUGGUGGGCUGGCGCGGGGCCGAGCGCGGGGCUGCGAGCGGCGGCAUGGAGGAGCACCUGCCCUGGGAGACCGACGGCCUGCUUCCUCUGGAGAGGCAGCUCCACGAGGCUGCCCGCAGGAACCACGUCGGGAGGAUGAAGGAGCUGAUCAGAAGCAGAGUCAACGUUAGGGCCAGAAACCACGUGGACAGGGUGGCCCUGCACUGGGCCGCAGGUGCCGGGCACGAGCAAGCUGUGCGGCUGCUCCUGGAGCAUGAGGCUGCUGUGGACGAUGAGGAUGCGUUUGGGAUGAACGCACUUCUCCUGUCUGCCUGGUUUGGCCACUUACAGAUUCUUCAGAUCCUGGUCAACUCGGGGGCCAAGAUCCACUGUGAGAACAAGACUGCAGGGACCACCCUGGGCUUGUUUCAGGACGGCCUAACCUUACUGCACUGCGCAGCCCAGAAAGGCCACGUGCCGGUGCUGGCCUUCAUCAUGGAAGACCUGGAGGACGUGGCCCUGGACCAUGCUGACAAGCUGGGAAGGACAGCAUUUCACCUGGCGGCCGCACAUGGACAGCUGGAGGCUCUGGACUUCCUGGUGGGCUCUGGCUGUGACCACAGUGUCAAAGACAAGGAGGGGAACACGGCUCUGCACCUGGCCGCCCGCCGGGGCCACCUGGCUGUGUUGCAGCAACUCGUGGACAUCGGGCUGGACUUGGAGGAGAGGAAUGCGGAAGGUCUGACCGCCCUGCACGCCGCUGCUGAAGGGAUCCACCCCAACUGUGUGCAGCUCCUCCUGGCGGCGGGGAGCAGCGUGAAUGCCCUCACUCAGAAAGAGCAGAGCUGCCUCCAUUACACAGCUCUCAGUGGCUCUGAGGACGUGGCCCGGGCCCUCAUCCACUCAGGGGCCUGCACCAACAUGGCUGACCAUCAGGGAGCCUCUCCAAUGCAUCUCGCUGUGAGGCACAACUUCCCCUCCCUGGUUCAGCUCCUCAUUGAUGCUGGCAGUGAUCUGGACGCCACUGACAAUAGGCAGCAGACGCCCCUCCACCUUGCCGCGGAGCACGCCUGGCAGGACAUAGCGGAGAUGCUCCUGGCUGCGGGGGUUAACUUAAACCUGAGGGAUAAGCAAGGGAAAACCGCCCUGGCCGUGGCCGCCCGCAGCAACCACAUCAGCCUGGUGGACAUGAUCAUAAAAGCUGACCGCUUCUACCAGCGGGAGAAGGACCACCCCUCACUCAGGGACCCCAGUGGCCUCUCUGGGAAGAGUUUGACCUUUAAGCAGGACCAUCGGCAGGAAACGCAGCAGCUCCGCUCUGUGCUGUGGCGACUGGCCUCCAGGCACCUGCGGCCCCACGAGUGGAAGAAGCUCGCGUAUUGCUGGGAGUUCACUGAGGCCCACGUCCAUGCCAUCGAGCAGCAGUGGACAGGCACCAAGAGCUACCAGGAGCAUGGCCACCGGCUGCUGCUCAUCUGGCUGCACGGCGUGACCACGGCGGGUGAGAACCCCAGCAAAGUGCUCUUCGAGGGCCUCGUGGCCAUCGGCAGGAGGGACCUGGCUGAAAGCAUCAGGAGGAAAGUAAACGCCGGCCCGGGCGCCCCCAGGAGGUGCACAGCCAUGUAGCCAGAGGGGCUGGACCUUCAG